CGCGCCGCCGCUUCUACGCGCCACUGUAGCCGUCAUGGCGAGCUCUGCGGCCUCCGCUGCGCGGCCACCGAGGCCCAAGAAAGAGCCGCAGGCGCUCGUCAUCCCAAAGAAUGCGGCGGAGGAGCAGAAACUCAAGCUGGAGCGGCUCAUGAAGAACCCGGACAAAGCCGUUCCAAUUCCAGAAAAAAUGAGUGAAUGGGCACCUCGACCUCCCCCGGAGUUUGUCCGAGAUGUAAUGGGCUCCAGCGCGGGGGCUGGCAGCGGGGAGUUCCACGUGUACCGGCAUCUGCGGCGGCGAGAGUACCAGCGCCAGGACUACAUGGAUGCCAUGGCCGAGAAGCAAAAACUAGAUGCCGAGUUUCAGAAAAGGCUGGAGAAGAACAAGUUGGCUGCAGAGGAGCAGACGGCCAAGCGGCGGAAGAAGCGCCAGAAGUUAAAGGAGAAGAAAUUACUGGCCAAGAAAAAGAAGCUGGAGCAGAAGAAACAAGACGAGGGCUCUGGCCCGUCCCAGGCGCAGCCGCACAGCAGCUCCGAGGAGGCAUCAGGAUCGGAGGAGGAGGAGGAGGAGGAGGCACCCAGCUUCAUCAUGAGCCGAUGACCUCGUGUGGCUGAAAUUCCCCGUGUCUGGCCCCACUGCCCUCCCAGGAGGCCUGGUCCCACCCACUUCCUUCCCUGGCCUCCGGACACGUCCACGGGCCAUCCUGACAGCUGACAGCUCCCAGCCCUGCCCAACAGCAGUGGACAAGGCAGGCCAGCCCCAGACACUCGGCUCUGCCCCGCCAGCUCCCCGCUGCUCCUCGCUACCCGUGGGAGCCUCGGCUCUGACUGGCCUGAGUCAGGAGCAGAAGCUCGUGCUGACGUUAGUCCGGCCAAGGGGGCUGCAGGUACCCACUAGAGGAGCCCCGUGAGGAGGAGCCAAGGUGGGCGCUGGGAUGUGGCCCCAGCUGCCCCCAUCAGGAGCCCCAGUGUCCAGUCUGUGCCUUUGCUGCCUUGGGCUCUGUCCCCAGUCAGUGUGGUGACUUCCACGGAGCAGGAGGGAUGCCCAGGUUGGUGGUUUUCUGUGACGGGGAUCCAGGGCCUCGGGACCCUCCGGCACACUCCCACGCUCCAGUGACCCCGGCCCCGGGCGCCGGCCGCUGGUCUGUGCCCACUGUGCCCCGCCUCUCCCUGGAGGUGCAUGACUGGCCUGGCACGGCCAGAGGGACAGCGCAGGGGUUAAGGCAUUUUCCUUGCACAUGGCCAACCCCUGGUUCGCUCCCUGGCACCCCUUGUGGUUCCCUCAAGCCCUGCUGAGAGUGAUGUCUGUGCACAGAACUAGGCGCGGCCCAGAGCCCCAAAUAAAGUAAAACCUAGGUGUGGCCCAAAGCCCCAAAUAAAAGGUAAAAUGUUCCAA